GUGUCGGAGCCCAACCUGCGGCUGCCCCAAUUCUUCUCAAAGGUCUAUCUGGAUGACCAACCCAUUGCUUGCUAUGACAGUCACACCAGGAGGGUGGAGCCGUUGGUGUCCUGGAUGGAGAAGAUGGAGAAGGAGGAUCCCAAGCAGGGGAAAGAAGGGAAUGAGAUGUUGCUGGCUACUGAGCAGGUCUUCCGACACGAGCUGAAGAGCGGUGGGGGUGGGGCUUGGGGUGAAAAUGUGGUCCUCCUAAACUCUCUUUCAGGACUUCACACCUGGCAGGCAAUUUUGGGCUGCGAGCUCAAGGAAGACGGGAGCAAAGGAAGUUUUUUGCAUUAUGGCUACGACGGGAUGGACUUCAUCAGCUUCGACAAGGAGACCCUCAGAUGGGUGACAGCGCAGCCCCAGGCUGAGAAGGUCAAGGAGAAGUGGGAAGAUGAUCCAGGGUGGUCUCAGAGAAACAAAAUCUACCUGGAGACCUGUAUUGAGCAGUUGCAGAGUUACCUGUCCUAUAGUAAGGAAGUUCUGCAGAGGAUAGAGCCCCCAGUGGGUCAGGUGACCCAAAAGGUAGUUAGUGACACCAUAGAGACUCUGAUCUGCCAGGCUUAUGGCUUCUACCCCAAGGAGAUCUGGGCCACUUGGAUGAGGGAUGGAGAGGUCUGCCAGUAUGAGACCCUCCAUAGGAAUGUGGCCCCCAACUCAGAUGGGACCUAUUAUGUCUGGCUCAGCAUUGAGAUCGACCCCAAGGAGAGGGACCGUUUCUGGUGUCACCUGGAGCAUGAGGGCUUGCAGGACCCCCUGGUCUUGGCCUGGAAGGAGGAGCCUGAUGAGAAACUGCAAGACCAGGGUAGGUAA